CCCGGCACCCAGUCGUCAGUUCACAGAGGAAACGGGACUUCUCAGGUGUACUUGUCUGUCUCUACCAGUAUGAGGGCUGUAGCAGUAGUUCUUGCGCUGGCAGUCAUUACUGGCUGCCAUGCCCGUGCUUUGCACCAGGCCGAUCAUCCUCAGACCAAAUGGGAAGAGACUCUGGACCGUUUCUGGGCCUACGUCUCAGAGGUCAACACCCAGGCUGAUGGUAUGGUGGAGAACUUCAGGAGCUCUCAGCUCAGCAAGGAAUUUGAUACUCUGAUCAUGGACACCAUGGCCGAGCUUAGCAUGUACAGAAAGGACCUGGAGAGCAAGCUGGGCCUGUACACCACAGACUCCGCUGUGAACCUGAGGCAGGACCUGGAGUUGCUGGCGAGCAAGCUGCAGUCCGACAUGGAGGAUGCCAAGGAGCGCUCCACCCAGUACAUGCAGGAGCUCUCCACCAUGAUGGAGCAGAACGCAGACGAUGUCAAGAACCGCAUCAACACCUACACGCACAAGCUGAAGAAACGCUUGGGCAAAGACGCGGAGGAGAUACGCGACACCGUCGCCACGUACCUAGGCGAGCUGCAUUCCCGCGCCUCCCAGAACGCCGAGGCAGUGAAGGACCACCUGGAGCCCUAUGUGCAGCAGAUGCAGGACGGCAUGGGCCAGAAGCUGGGGGCCAUCAACCAGAUGAUACAAGACCAGGCCCAGGACAUAAGCCAGCAGCUGGAGUCCAAGGCCGCCGUGCUGAAAGAGCAGCUGGAACAGACGGCUGAGAGCCUGCGCAGCUCCCUGGAUGGCCCCAUCGAGGAGUUGAAGAGCCUCCUCAACCCCUACACCGACAAGAUCCGGGAGCAGCUGCAAACCAUCAUGGAGAAGAUCAAAGAGGCGGCGCAGCUCCCGCAGGUCUGAAAGGCUGCGUGAGCAAGAACAGUGGCUCUGGCUCAGCAGAGCGGGCGCUGUUUGUUACUGAUGCUUUACGUUCAUUUCGGUGGGUGGAAGGGGAACAAGAAAGGCCAAACCAGUCUUUGUAUCGAAACGUGAACUAAUGCUUAAUACUCACAAUGUCUGCUCUCUCAGUAUUAAUCCACUGUCUUAAGAAUAAACCCUCAAUAAUGUCUUUCCUAAUAGUGCAAUAGGGCAUUGUUAUAACCGUCUUGGCUAGUCUGUCUUAUGUACUUGUGUACCAUGUUGGUCAUUAAAUCUCAAAUAGGUUGUGUGGCCUUUUGUGCAAUGUAAAAGGCAGGUUAGUGAACUCUGGGCCAAAUUGGCACCUUUUUAAUAAAACCCGCCCAAAAAAACAAAAACCAUUAGCUGUAAUAAGGCGUUUUGUCUGCAACAUCUCCAUAAACAGAGUACACUGACAAAUGUUAGCUGAAAAUCUGCAAACCAACGUUGACCUGAUUCCUUUUGUGAUUGUGUGCAUUGCUGUUUUUUGGAACCUGUUUGCAAUAAAUUUAUGUAACUGUUCACAACACAA